AUUUUACCUUUUUUUUGUUCCUCUACUUGAGUGGUGGUGGUGGUGGUGGUUUUUGCGAGCGGAGAUGGAGUUGCUGGUUCUUCUUUGGGGCCAAAAUGGAACUACAUAUUUAAGCACUUGAACUCAAGAGAUGUAAAUCAAAUUUUCACCUGGGAUAGUUACCGUCGCCAAUUUUAGCACCCAAGGAUUCAGUUGUGCUUGUUUGUUUGAGUAUAGAUGGAUAUAUUUUCCCUGCCAAUUUCACCAUGGUAUUUUGGCUUAGUGAACAAGGGAACUAGAAAAAUGCCUUUGCUAAUGCAUGCAGAGCAGCAAGUUUUUCCGCACAGGCGACAUAUUUUUGGUGCGAAAUUGAAAAAUAAUGCAACAGUCAUUUGUAAAGGCAUUCAAAAUUUCAAAACUUCUGCUGCACCUACGAAAUCUAUUGAUCAGUUGGAGCAAGUCACCAGCAUCAGUGAUACUGAUGAAGAACUAGGCAAAGUAGCAUCUUAUUUGUUUAGGACUGAAGUUGGAGGCCUGGUGAAGGUGUUGGUUGGAGCGGGAAGCAUCAAAUAUUCAGUAAUUGUUGAAGUUUCGUCCUUGCCGAAUUUUACUUCUGAUCAUAAACUGGUGAUGUGUUGGGGAAUAUUUAGAUCUGAUUCUGCAUGUUUCCUUGUUCCAGAUCAUGAAAGUUUAGCUUCAGAAACAACCAAAUUGAGGGAUGAAUCUCGUUUGGAUUCUUUCAGAACACCUUUAUCACAAAAUUCCUCUGGAAUAUAUACAGCGAAAUUGGAAUUUGAUUCUGCACAAAUUCCUUUUUAUAUCACAUUUUCACUGGUUUCUUCUUCUGUAGCUGCUGCCACCGAGUCUGAGAUACGAACACAUCAAAAAACAAGCUUUUGUGUGCCUGUUGGUAUAGGUCGAGGACAUCCUUUGCCGUUGGGUGUUUCUUUUUCUGAUGAUAACUUGAUGAACUUCUCUCUGUUCUCGAGGAAUGGCGAAGGAGUUGUUUUGUGCUUAUAUGAUGGGACUACAAAUCAGCCAGCAUUAGAGAUUGAGUUGGAUCCUUAUGUUAAUCGGACUGGUGAUAUAUGGCACAUUUCCAUGGAACAAACUGGAAAAUAUGUCAAGUAUGGUUAUCGAUGCAAGGGAUCAGUUAUAUGGGAGAUUGGAAGCAGAUUUCACACUCGUCAUGUGCUUCUGGAUCCAUAUGCUAAGAAAAUUGGAAAAAUUUCUUUUAAUGAAAGCCAAUCUGUAUCAUCGGUAAAAUAUCUUGGUUGUCUCGAUGAUGACCCUGCCUUUGAUUGGAAUGGCGAUGUUCAUCCUAUGCUGCCAAUACAAAAAAUGGCAGUUUAUCGGCUAAAUAUUUGCAAUUUUACUGAGGACAAAUCUAGCGGGUUGUCGAAGAAUGUGGCUGGCACUUUUUCGGGAGUCAUUCAUAAACUGCAGCAUAUUAAAUCUCUCGGUUUCAAUGCAAUCUUAUUCGAGCCAAUUUUUUCCUUUGAUGAGCAAAAGGGCCCCUAUUAUCCAUUUCAUUUUUUUUCAGUGAUGAACUCCUGUGGAAGAGAAGGUAACCUUGAAUUAGCGAAUAAUUCUGUGAAAAAGAUGAUUAAAACUCUUCAUGAAAACGGCAUGGAGGUUCUGUUGGAGGUUGUUUUCUCUCAUACUAGCGAGGGUGGAGAUGCAGCUUGUCAGACAACAUCUUUUCGAGGAAUUGAUAACUCGUCAUACUACAUUGUUGAAGGGGAUAUAGGAUCAGGGAUCAAUAAUGCAUUGAAAUGCAAUAGUCCUGUUGUCCAACAGAUGAUCCUCGACAGCCUCCGGCAUUGGGUGACUGAUUUUCAUGUCGAUGGUUUUUGUUUCAUCAAUGCGGCACAUUUACUUCGUGGUGUGAAUGGAAAAUAUUUAUCUCGGCCACCACUAGUUGAAGCUAUCGCAUUUGACCCAUUACUUUCAAAGACGAAAAUCAUUGCAGAUUGUUGGUCUCCGCUUGAUUUGUCAUUCAUGAAAAUUGAUUUCCCUCACUGGAAAAGGUGGGCUGAAAUGAACAGAAAUUUUUGUGUGGAUGUUAGAAAUUUUGUAAGGGGUCAAGGUAGUCUUAGUGAUCUUGCUACCCGACUCUGUGGCAGCGGUGAUGUCUUCUCCGACUCCCGGGGCCCUGCAUUUUCUUUCAAUUUCAUUGCAAGGAACUCCGGACUUCCACUGGUUGAUUUGGUUAGCUUCAGUGCUGAUGAUCUUGCUUUGGAAUUGAGUUGGAAUUGUGGUGUAGAAGGCCCAACCAACAACAGUUUAAUCCUUGGAACACGGCUAAAACAGAUAAGAAACUUCUUAUUCAUACUAUUUGUUUCUCUGGGUGUUCCAGUUCUCAACAUGGGGGAUGAGUUUGGCUACUCUGCCGAUGGUUUGACAUUACAUGGUGACAGAAAACCAUUGAAUUGGAGCUACCUUAAGACAGGGUUUGGUUCUCAAAUUAUGCAGUUUAUCGCCUUCCUAAAUUCACUCAGAACCAGAAGAAGUGAUUUGUUUCAGAAAAAAGACUUUCUAAAUGCUGAAAACAUCAAAUGGCACGGAAGUAAUGACUCUCCGCCGAAAUGGGAUGACCCAUCAUGCAAAUUUCUUGCAAUGACUUUGAAAGCGGAAAAGCAUGAGACGACACCGAGUUCUAGUAACAACGAUAUAUUUGUGUCUUUCAAUACUAGCAAUCAUCGAGACAUUGUUGUCCUACCCGAGGUUUCGGAAGGAACUAUUUGGCGUCGGUUAGUCGAUACUGCACUUCCUUUCCCGGGGUUCUUUUCAGAUAUUUCUGAUUCUGAUCCUCUUGAGAUUGCUGGAUUAUCUGAGUACAGAAUGGGAUCUCAUAGUUGUGCUUUAUUUGAAGCAAGAGACAAGAUUGCAUUGAUAGUUAAUGAUACAUAAAUUUCUCAUAAGGUUAUCUUGACCAUGUAUGUAUAGAGCAGUUCAUACUGAGAUGAUCUCAGAGAACUCGAGUGAAUUAUCUUAAUGAGUUGUUACCAAACAAUUGGUCAAAUUUGAUGAUAAAUUAUCUAUCUGCUCA